AUGACUUGUGGUGGGUUUGCUGACGCAGCUAUUGGCUCGAUUUUCCGCCAGUGGUCCACAGGGGCUCCGGGAGUACCUCCAGUGGCAGAGGUGCAGCAGAGGGCUGCGGGUUUUGUUCAGCCGCAGGCUGUGGGUUUGAUGGUGCCGUCCUUAUUUGGAUAUGAUGGGGCACAUGCAGAGGAUUGGGCCUUGUUAGUGGGCGGUUUUGAGUCCCACAUUUUAUUCGACUCUGGAGCAUCGAAUUGCUUCAUUACACCGGAGCGUGCCGAGAAGAGUGGCAUCCGGAGUAGCGCGGGCGAGAGCGCGGGCAUGGUCAAGGUGGCGGGAGGUGGAUUCUUGUCUACUUUGGGCCGUGCUAGAGGAGUCGAGAUCGAGAUUGCGGGGCAGUCAAUGCCAGCAGACUUUGGUCAUCAGUCCCGUGGAGCUGUAUGA